UCAGCGCGCAACCAUAGCAUUUUGCGCAAAUGCAGACGACUACCAUAGAUGAGCAAUGCUGAAUCUAUGCGAUUCUAUGGUGUCUUUAUCUUUGUGUCCAUCUGUAAGGCGGUGUACUUAGUCAUACAGACAAAACAUUCUGCCGUCCAAUCGGCCACAGGUAGCAAAGUCUGACAACGUCUACUAGGUGCCUUGGAGCAAUUAUAGGCCCAGAAUGUCAACCUAUCUCGGCAGAUUGCUUGCGGGUGGAAGAACAGAUCCAAUGUUGUGCCCCAGGUCCAAAGAGGAUUGGAGACUCUUCAAAAAUUCUGGCGUAAAGGGGCACUCAACCAUUUGAAAGCAUCAUUUUGUGGACUAAGCUAGCGCUAACCCUAAUCUUUGAAGAAGACCAGUUGCAGGCCGAAUGAUUUGAAUGACCUUCCUGCAUUACAUUACAACACAACACAAGCAGACCUGACAAAGACCUAAGUCGGUUUUCUGCCCUUUGGCAGAACAGCAGUAAGGGAGAUUGGCAACGGAUUCCUCAGUACCCUGCCCAAACAGCCUCUGAGUAAGUUGAGCUGGCUAACCUAUCUCUGGGUAGACUGUCCAAUCAGCAUGGCAGCUCCCCCGCUCUCGAGCUGCCUCGACCCCGGCCCCAUCCUUCUACAUGCUGGCUCGCCAACCAAGUCUAAAGCCAAGGGCAUCCUCCCGAGCGUGGCAGCAUUCACCGCAGCCAAAAGCAAUGCUGAUCAAGCGAUUGCCAGCUCAGCAGGAGCUGUGGCGGGGUUUCCAUUUGGCAAGACACGCCUCAAGAAUUAUGCCGAGAAGCUGCAGCUGCAGAAGAUGCUGGUGGAGGCGCGGUAUGAGAACGCUAGGGAGGCUCGAGCUCCCGAGACUGACGGGGAGGACAGGGUCCCACUGGCCAGCAUCAACAUUGAUGGGAGUCUUUUUGGAGGCCGUCGUUCAGCGCCCCCAUCAGCCCCUCCCCGCGCCUCCUCCCCCGGACCCCAGCCAAAGGCCCGAGCGGCCACCUCCCCCGAACCCAACCUGCGGCCCAUCUCUGGACCCGGUUUCUACCCCUCCGCAAACCCCGCAUCCUGCGGCCACCCUGGGGGGGCCUGGAUGGGAGCUUAUGACACCGCCGCCUCAGACCAGCUUCGGAAAGAACUAAAUAGUGGGGGAAGCCGUUUUGGGAUGGACUCUGUUGAGGAGGAAGACGAUGGAGGGGGCGAGAGAAGGGACUUACCGGGAGAGUUCAGUGGGAGGGGGGAAGGGGAUGAACGGUAUCAAGAGGCGUUGGAGGAGUUGGACGAACUGAGGCAUGAAAUCCAGCACAUGGAGAGCACGCUCCAAGUCCUAAAGCCGUCCAACCCCAACACUGCUGCCCGGUCCCCGGUGUCAAGAACCCCCUCCCGUGCCGCCAAGCUUCCCAACCCUCCUCCUUCCCCUCCGGCCAACCCCCUCGAAGCGAAGAUCCGCCAAUGGGAGCAAGAAGCAUUCGGGCCGAUCGUUCCUGUAACUCGGAGAGAAGCGAUAGCGCUCGAACAGACGUUGGACGACAUUCCUCAAAGCGCGAAUAUCGGACAAGAGAUGCCAUUCGGACAGGAAAGGUCGUACGAAAUCCUGAACACUGCGAUCGUGGACCGAGAACUAGAGCUGGUGGACAUGGUCUUCCGGGAGGCGGCGCGGCAGGUGCGGGCCGCGUGCACUGAGCAGGGCCGGCUACUUGAUAAGAUUCGGCGGCGGUACAGCACCUUUAUGCACGGACUCCGCGCCUUCUGCAUGCGCGCGCAGGACGCGAGCGUGGAGGCACUGGAGCAGCUGGCGCGCGCGCGAGAGCGCGAGCACGCGGCCGCGACGCGCGCCGAGCGGCUGGAGCAGGCGCUGGGCCGCUCGAGGACGGAGGCGAAGGCGCUGGAAGAGCGGAAUGCCGCACUGCAGAAGGAGCUGCUGACGUCACAGAGGGAGGCGGAGGGCCAGCUGGUGUCGAUGCAGGCGGCGGUGCUGACGUUGCAGCACGAGAACGGACACCUGGCGGACAAGGUGCAGACGGCGGACACCGACAAGGACGCUGCCGUCAGCACCCACGUGGCGUACCUGCAGGAUGACAUAUGCGCGCUCAUCGACGAGCGGGACGAACUGCAGGAAAAGGUGGAGCGGCUUACCGCGCAGCUCGUUCGCUCCAAGUGGGGCGGCCUCGCACAGGCAGCCCCCACCUCCGCGGUCGCCACCGAAAACCAGGCGGUACAAACUGACCGGUACAAACCUCGCGGGGACCGGAAUAGCGGGGACGAGGACGACGAGGAUGGGCGGAACCGGAGCGGAACGGCGGACUCUGACGUCAUCCUAGGGCUGGAUGACGCGGAGUCGCAGCGGCGGCGGCGGCGGCGGCGCGCGAAGAACGUGUCGAGCAACAAAUACGGCUGCUUCUCCGGGAUGCUCGACACGGACCGCAUUGGGCGCGUGAAGCCCAAGGGGUGGUUGCUCAAGGUGAUCGCGCAGCUGUACCUGGAGAAGAGCGCGAGCGACAGCUUCGAGGCGCGCCAAGGCGAGGGCGCGCGGCCGCCGGAGCUGCACGAGUUCGUCUACGACUGGCACCUCAACCGAUACGGCCUGCGCACGCUCGCGGAAGCGAACUUGCUGGACCUGAUCGCGAGCGUCCGGCGGUACCAGGCGGACAACCUGAAGGCGCGCAUGUUUGGACAGUUUUGCGGACUGGUCGGCGCGGAGCGGCGGCCGCUCGAGGCCUUCCAGUUCUACAUGCACUGCAUGCAAGUCAUGGCCCCCUCGGGCAUCCUAGCGCUUUUCCCGGAAACAGAUGACGGCACGUGCUGGAUGAAACCCGUUAAGGCGCUCGAGGCGGUGAAGACGAUAUUUACGAACGCGGCCGCGCCGCUCCAACUACGUCAGUUCAUCGUCAGCCGCAUCGAGCCACUCAUCGACCCCAAAACGAAGACGUACGACGCGGACGGCAUUCUGAUGGCGCUGCUGGACGAGUGGCAGCGGCGGUAUGAGCGCAACGAGGCGCACCUGCGCGCGCUGUUCCGCGCGGGGGACAUCAACCAUGACGGCGUCAUGACGUUCGACGAGUGGAAGGAGGUCAUCAAGCACGCCAAUGACGACAUGACGGAGCGCGAGAUCGCCCAGAUGUUCCGCGAGGCGCUGCAAACCUCCGACUCCGCGAGCGGCGAGAGCAUCGACCCGACCACGUUCGUCGCGAUCGCGCGCAAGCAUCGCUUAUGGAAGUGGACAUUCCAGCCCGACGCGGCCGCGGGAGGCGCGGCCGCGGCCGCGACCGACGCGAAGUCGCCCGACGAAAACCUGUUCUGCAUGCUGGACGAGGCGCUGGCCGGGGGAGAUAAGCCGGGCGACCAACUAGAGCGGCUCAAGCAGAAGACGGGCGACCGGGGGGAGAAGACCCGGGCGGUGGUCGCGGGACUGGAAACGAAGCUGGCGGUUUUCUCUAAGCUGUACCAGGAACGGAAGGACGCGGAGGCGGCAUGGGCGAGCUACCGGCAGCUGGUGGGCGACCUGCAGCACGCCGUGCGCCGCUUCAACAACCCCUUCAAGCACGCCGUUCGCGCGAUCCUGAACAUCGGGCAAUUCAUCCGCUCCGCGAGCCCCUCCCCGGCGGCGUCCCCGGCCGGCGACGGGCCCAAGUCGCCCUUCAACCGGGGGCCCAAAACGGGCGCCAGCCGCUUCCAAGAACAGGUCGGGGGAUCCCCCCGGAGCGGCAGAAGGGGGAGCACGGUGCGCAGCUCGUGGCGCGAUUCGCCCGUGGUUAAGAAGACGGUUUCGGCGGUCGGGGGAGACCAACCGGGCACUCCGGAGAGGGUGGUGCCAAGGCCGGGGAGUGGUCGGGAGGUCGCGCAGUCGGCGUGGCGGCCAGGUGGCGGCCACGCCAAACCCUCCAAACCCUCCAAACCUCUCAGCGCGCUCGCGCCGCAGAGCGAGCGGCCGCGAAGCCGAAACAACGACCGCCCGCGAUCGCCGGACCGGCCCAAGAGCCCCUCUCAGGAGCAGCCACGUGUCAUCCCCUCGCCGAAUUUCGUCGCCAAGCUGGCGCCUGAGGAGCCUGCGGUUCCCCUGGCCGCGGUAGGGCGACCAGGGAGCCCUUCUUACAGAGUGGUUCCGUCGCCGGAAAGCAUCGGCGUAAUAAUCGGGGAAAGACUUAGUUUUGAUGGUGAAACGCUGGCAGGACGUUCGGGGCGACAGAGCAGUGCUGGACACAGCAGGCCGGGGUCGCCCGAAAAGCCCUCCCGGGCGCCGUCUCGGGAAGGCGCAAAGGAAGAUAUCAGCGUGACGAGCGGAAGAGCCAGUCCGGCGGCGCCUAUGAACGGAACGGAAUUAGGGGUGGCGAGAGAACGGUCUAGACCAAGUACGCCCGAAAGGCUUGGCGGUUUGGGACGGCGGCCGCUGAGCGGCCUUUCUGGGGCGAAGAAGUUCGAGGUUCCGAUCUGGCAGUCGAGCACGCCCGUUGAGCGGAACGAGCGGAACGAGCGGAAGGCACGAAGAACGCAGAGCUCACGGCGCUCGAGCGACAACGCGCUGCCCGCGGUCGCCGAGAAGGACGACGACGGAAGCGGAAGCCACCGGAACGCAGGGGAAUCGACCGCAAGCAGGCUGGAGAGCAUUCAGGCGAGCCUGUACGAGCGGCUGGCGGCGAUUCCGGCGUCCGAGGACGGGCGGAACCCGGACGGAACGGACGCUUUCUCGGACCUGACGUCGGCUCCGUCGUUUGAAGAGGCGCUCAAGGCACUGGAGAGGAGAGUCUCGGACAAAAGUUCCGUGUCGGAUGGUCGGCGGUCGUCCGGAUCUCGGAGCUCGCGGCGGAGUGCGUCCGAAAGUCCAAACCGGGCGGGGAGUAGACUCUCGGGUACUGACCGGGGCACUCCGCCGGGCAAAGCGGGGAGCCUUAAGAAGGAUCCGGCGGAAAGCGGAACGGACGCUCGGAUGCACAACUCUGUUCGCUUCGUCGACUCGCCAGCUUGAGAGGCUGGCCCGAAAAGUAAACGGCAUAUAUUUUGUAUAGUAAGCGAAGAAUGUUUAGAAGUAUAAUGCACGCAUCUCGUUUGUCAGUUACUGCGCGGCAAGCCGAGUGCACCCCAAGGUCACUUGAUGCCAAGCGUCGCC